AUGGCGGCGGCGGCGGCUCCGGCCCCGCUGACGGGCGUGGGCUGGGCCGGCGGCGCCGAGGCCGUCCCGCCGGGCUGGACCGCGAUCACCGUGACGGCGGAGGGAGCGCCCGCCUGCCUGGGCAAAGGCUUCGGGCACCGCGGCGGCGGCGGCGGCUGGUACCUGUGCUUCAGCCGCGGCGGAGCGCAGGCCGCCGAGGGCCCGGUGGUCACGGACGUGCUGGUGCUGAGCGAGCGGAGCCCGCAGCCCCCCGGCUACAGCCGCGCCCCGGAGUUCCCGGAGUCCCGCGGGCCGGUGUCGGUGUCCCGGUACCGAUGCCCCGUUCCCCCCGUUUCCCGCAGGCGGGCCGGUGCCGGUGCCGGUGUCGGUGGGUGUCCCGGUACCGGUACCGAUUCCCGUUUCCCGCAGGCGGGCCGGUGCCGGUGUCGGUGGGUGUCCCGGUACCGGUACCGAUUCCCGUUUCCCGCAGGCGGGCCGGUGUCGGUGGGUGUCCCGGUACCGGUACCGAUUCCCGUUUCCCGCAGGCGGGCCGGUGUCGCGGCGGAAGCGGCUCCUGGUGCGCCGGGAGGCGGCGGCGGCCGUGGCCGUGCUCGAGCUCCGCCUCAGCCUCCGGGGCGGCCGCGGCCCCGCCGCGCUCGCCUGGAUCGGGGAAAUGGGCGGAUUCUCGCUCUGGUGCCGGAAGGGCCCCGUGCGGGCCGGGGCUGCCCCGGGGCCGCUCAGCGGCGGCCUGGAACGGCUCUCGCUGCGGCCGCCCGGGCCCCCCCCGCCUCCGUCCGAGCCCCCGGGGAUCUCCGGCCCCUCAGCCAUGGACGGAAUUCCCUUCGCCCUCCACCCCAAAUUCGGGCCCGGGCUCAGCUCCCCCAUUCUGGCGGAGCUGACGGUGAAAUCCCUGGCGGACAUCGAGCGCGAGGUGAGGGAAUUCCCGGAGUUUUGGGAUUAAUUCCCGGAGUUUUGGGAUUAAUUCCUGGAUUUUUGGGUCUAAUUCCCUUUUUUUGGGUUUAAUUCCCAGUUUUUUUGGGAUUAAUUUCCGGAUUUUUGGUUUUAAUUCCCAUUUUUUUGUAUGUAAUCCCCAAUUUUUGGGUUUAAUUCCCAAUUAUUUUGUAUUUAAUUCCUGCACUUUUGGGUCUAAUUCCCAUUUUUUGGGAUUCAUUCCCCGUUUCUUGGGAUUCAUUCCCAAUUUUUUGGUUUAAUUCCUGCAUUUUUGGGUUUAAUUCCCAUUUUUUUUGUAUUUAAUUCCCAACUUUUGGGAUUAAUUCCCAGAUUUUUGGGUUUCAUUCCCUAUUUUUUUGUAUUUAAUUCCCAACUUUUGGGAUUAAUUCCUGGAUUUUUGGGUUAAAUUCCCUGUUUUUCGGGAUUAAUUCCCAAUAUUUUUGUAUUUUAUUCCCAAUUUUUGGAUUUAAUUCCCAAUUUUGGGGUCCAAUUCCCUGGUUUUUGGGAUUAAUUCCCAAUUUUUUGGUGAUUAAUUCCCAAUUUUUUUGUAUUUAAUUCCCAACUUUCAGGUUUAAUUCCCAAUUUUGGGGUCUAAUUCCCAUCUUUUGGGACUAAUUCCCAGAUUUUUGGGUCUAAUUCCCAUUUCUUGUGUUUAAUUCCCAGGUUUUUGGGAUUAUUUCCCAGAUUUUUGGGUUUAAUUCCCAUUUUUUUGUAUUCCCAAUAUUUGGGUUUAAUUCCUGCAUUUUUGGCAUUAAUUCCCUGUUUUUUGGGUCUAAUUCCCAAUUUUUUCUGUGUUUAAUUCCCAGUUUUCGGGUUUAAUUCUUGCAUUUUUGGUUUUGAUUCCCAAUUUUUCGGUAUU